AUGGCCUGUGCCACCCUAAAAAGAUCCUUGGAAUUUGAUCCUGUUCACAGCCACGGUCGUCCUAAUAAGCGACGAAGAUGUGCUCCAAUGUGCGUAUCACCUGGCAGUUCAACCCAACGGACAUCCAGCCAUCAAAAUCCAUCACCGUUUGGCGAAGUCACGCACAAAUUGACGCCUGAGAAAAUGGCUGCUAACAUUAGAGAAGAAAUUUGCCGAUUACAUAAACGUAAGCAGUUGCAUUUCAACCCACAAGGUAAUUCAAGUGGUUGUGAUUCUUCGGACAUGGAAGGGGGCCCAGCAAGUCCAUCUGGUUGUGGUUCAAGCUCAAUGCUCAAAGAACAAGAAACUCAAAUACGCGAAGAGUAUGAUCAGAUAUUAACAAUGAAACUCUCAGAACAAUACGACGCUUUUGUUAAAUUUACAUACGAUCAAAUUCAGAAAAGAUUUGAGUCUGCAGCUGCACCAAGCUAUCUGUCUUAA